GCGAUAUUUUCGAAGUGUGCUCACAAGGGGUAGAAGAUGGCGGCGGUACUGCAACAGAUACUGGAGCGUGCUGAGCUCAACAAACUCCCCAAACCUGUCCAGAACAAGCUGGAGAAGUUCCUUUCGGACCAGCAAUCAGAAAUAGAUGCACUCAAAGCCCGCCACGAGCGUUUUAAAGUAGAUAGUGAGCAACAAUACUUUGAGGUUGAGAAGCGACUGGCGCAGAGUCAGGAUAAGCUUGUGUCUGAAUCUCAGGACCGUCAUAGCCUACAAGAGGAGCUCAAUAAGCACAAUGAGGAAUUGAAGUCUAUGAAAGCGAAGAUUAAAGAAUAUGAAACAGCACAAGAGAGCUUUUCAUCAAAACAGAGUCAGCUUACUAGAACUAAGGAUGAGCUGGAGGCUGAAAAACGUGAAUUGGUCAGAAAACUUGAGAAAAGUUCCCAGGAGGGGGAACAUCUUAGCGAGGACUUGAGACGCUUGAAUGCAAAACUUGUGGAAACCAACACUGCAAAGAUGGAACUCCAGUUGAAACUUGAUGAACUUCAGUCUUCAGAGGUUUCGAUCAAGUACCGGGAAAAGCGAUUGGAGCAGGAGAAGGAGCUGUUUCAGAGCCAGAACACCUGGCUAAACGCUGAGCUGUCCGCCAAGACUGAUGAGCUGCUUUCUGUCUCCCGCGAGAAAGGAAAUGAAAUCUUGGAGCUUAAAUGUAACCUGGAGAACAAAAAGGACGAGGUUACCAGACUGGAAGAGCAAGUGAGCACCCUAAAAGCAUCCAAUGAGAACUUCCAAAAUCAAGUAGAGGACCUGAUGGGCAAAUUGAAAGACGCAAAGGAACAGCAGGCCGGCAUGGAAGAACGGUUCCGCAAUGAACUCAACGCACAUAUAAAACUUUCCAAUCUGUAUAAGAGCUCGGCAGCAGAUUCCGAGUCCAAGGCUGGUGAGCUAACCAGGGCAGUGGAGGAGCUCCACAAGCUGUUAAAGGAGGCUGAAGAAGCCAUUAAAGUGACUGAACGACGGCAGACAGAAACGGAGGCCUCCAAAGAAAGCAUGGAAGCAGAGCUAAAAGAAAAGAUUGUCAAUCUGGAGAAAGAGCUGGACAAUGCUAAUGACCUGCUCUCUGCUUUUAAGCGGAAAGGUGUGGCUGCACUUACAGAGGAGGAGUUGACAACGAUGUCUCCCACUGCGGCAGCGGUAGCAAAAAUAGUAAAACCUGGAAUGAAGUUGACGGAGCUCUACAAUGCUUAUGUGGAAUCUCAGGAUCAGUUGCUGUUGGAAAAACUGGAGAUCAAACGUGUUAACAAGUACCUGGAUGAGAUUGUUCAGGAGGUUGAGGCCAAGGCUCCUAUCCUGAAACGCCAGCGUGAGGAGUAUGAGCGCAUGCAGAAGUCUGUUGCCAGUCUUUCAGCUAAACUAGAGCAGGCAAUGAAGGAAAUUCACAGACUCCAGAAAGAUACUGACGAGGCCAACAAGCGUUCCUCUGUGCUAGAGAGGGACAACCAAAGAUCUGCGCUCCAGCUGACUGACAUGUCUCAGCAGAUUAGAGUUUUGCUGAUUGAGCUGGAGGAGGCAAGAGGGAACCAUGUGAUCCGCGAUGAUGCUGGUGAAGAGGUGAGCUCUGCUGACAUCAGCAGUUCCUCUGAGGUCAUAUCUCAGCGUCUUGUCACCUACCGCAAUAUUGAGGAACUGCAGCAGCAGAACCAGCGCCUCCUCGUGGCAUUGAGAGAACUUGGAGAGGCACGGGAGAAGGAAGAGCAAGAAACCACAUCUUCAAAGGUUGCCGAGCUGCAGUUGAACUUGGAGAAAGCCCUUAGUGAGCUAGAACGACUUCGGGAUGGCCGCAAUCACCAGAUGCAGCUGGUGGAGUCCAUCGUACGCCAGCGAGAUAUGUACCGCAUCCUGCUGGCACAGACCACAGGAGUCUCCUUCCCUAUGCAGAGUGUUUCAGAGGAGAUUGCACUGACCUCCACUCCUCGACGCUCUCCUGGAGUUACUCCAACAGUGUCUACUCCAGCUCAAAUGUCCACAUUACAGUCAACUGAGUUGGUCGAAGCCAGGGCAGCACUUAAACAGCUGCAAGAAGUGUUUUUAAUGUACAAGAAGGAGAAAGCUGAAAAUGAUAAAAUCCUCAACGAACAUAGCGAGAAGCUGCAAGAGCAAGUCACUGAACUGCGUUCUCAGAACACCAAAAUAUCCACCCAGUUGGAGUUUGCUUCCAAGCGUUAUGAGAUGCUGCAGGAUAAUGUCGAUGGGUACCGACGUGAGAUUGCAUCAAUGAGGGAGAAGUGUCAAAAGCUGUCCACUACUACCCAGAAACAGGAGCAGAUAAUCCACACAAUGACCCAGGAUCUCCGUGCUGUCAAUGAGAAGCUGGCUGUAGCCGAGGUGAGAGGUGAAAAUAUGAGAAAGGAAAGGGAUAUGCUGAAGAUGGUGGAGUCAAGGCUUUAUCAAGAGAAGGAAUCUAUUCUUGCAGAACAGAGGGGGCAGAACCUGCUGUUAACUAACCUUCAGUCCAUUCAGGUGACGCUGGAUCGCUCUGAGACAGAGACCAAACAGCGACUUAACAACCAGAUUGAGAAACAAGAAAGGGAGAUUAUCCAGCUGAAAAAGAAACUGGAAUAUGAGGUGGAGCAGAGACACUUACUUGGCAGAAACCAGGAUUUGCAGCUGCUAGAAGCUAAGAAGCAGCUUGAAACACAAGGAGCCAUGCACCUCAAAACCAAGGAGCUGCUGAAAACUGCAGAGAAGGAGAUUGCUACGCUGAGACAGCAGAUCAGCAAUGCUGAAUCCCAGCUAGCAUCACAGGUGUCACAAGGAGCUGGCACUAAAGGACCCCAGGGUGCAGAGAAGGACCUUGAGGAUCUUCGCACUCGCCUCAGGCAGGCAGAGGAGCAGAACAAUGAUCUGAGGGAGCGUCUGAAAACCUCCACCAGCAAUGUUGAGCAGUACAGGUCUAUGGUUCUCAGUCUGGAGGAGUCUCUGAACAAGGAGAAACAGGUAACUGAUGAAGCUCGUACUACAAUUGAGGCUCGUCUGAAGGAGUCUCGCGAGUAUCAAGUGCAGCUGGAGAAGAAACUGGUUGAAGCAGAGAAGGAAAAACAGGACCUGCGGGAGGAGAAGCGCAAAGCCAUUGUGAAUCUGGAAGAGCAGAUGUCUGAGCUGAAGAAAAACCUGUCCAACAUCCAGGCAGAGCUCCAGGAUGCCCUUCAGAGGGCAGCUGUAGCCUCUUCACAUGAGCAGAAGGCCACCCAGGACAGCCAGCUGCAGGCUAAGCUAGCUGCAGAGUCCCAGAAUAAGUAUGAGCGUGAGCUGAUGCUGCAUGCUGCUGAUGUGGAGGCCCUCCAAGCAGCUAAGAAGCAGGUGUCUCAGACCUCUCAGAUGCGGCAGGAGCUGGAGGAGAAAGCACAGAGAGCCCAGGCACAACUUCUGGAGGGCAAGAUAUCCUGGGAGGAGCAAGAAAGGAUGCUGAAGGAUGAGGUAUCCAAGCUGGCAUCUCGUUGUGAGGACCUACAGAAGCAGAACAGUCUGCUACAUGAACAAGUAGAAAGCCUAGGCAAUAAGAUGGUGGCCUCUGUACAGCAAGUUACCCAGGAGAGCAAUUUGAACAUCUCCCUGAGUGAGGAAGGAAAAUCCCACGAGCAGAUCCUCGAGAUUCUUAGGUUUGUCCGCCGGGAGAAGGAGAUUUCAGAGACCAGGUUCGAAGUGGCUCAGGUGGAGAGUUUGCGUCACCGCCAGCGAGUUGAGCACCUGGAAAGGGAGCUUAAGGAGCUGCAGGACAGUCUGAAUGCAGAGCGGGAGAAAGCACAGGUAACAGCUAAGACUCUAGCUCAGCACGAUGCACUCAUGAAGAAGACUGAUUCCAUGAACAUCCUUGUGGAGACUAAUAAGAUGCUGCGGGAGGAGAGGGAGAGGUUGGAGCAGGAACUUCAACAGACGCAGGCGAAAGUGCGCAAGCUGGAGGCAGAUAUAAUGCCACUACAGGAAUCCAAUGCAGAGCUGAGUGAAAAAAGCGGGAUGCUUCAGGCUGAGAAGAAGCUACUGGAAGAGGAUAUCAAACGCUGGAAAACUCGCACACAGCACCUGCUAAGCCAACAGAAAGAUGCUGAUCCUGAAGAGUACAAGAAGCUCCAUUCAGAGAAGGAGGCCCACUUGAAGCGCAUUCAACAGCUGACUGAAGAAACUGGCAAACUGAAGACUGAUAUUGCAAGGUUGCAUGCAUCAGUGUCCACAGCACAGAGUCAAGUCGGUAGUCUGAAGGAGAAUCUUGGUAAGGUCUCUGCUGAAAAAGAGACGCUGCAGAAGGAUCUAGAAGCUAAAGCACUGGAUAUCCAGGAAAAGGCAAAGACCAUCACGCAGGUGAAGAAGAUUGGCCGCAGGUACAAGACUCAGUACGAAGAGCUUAAAGCACAGCAUGACAAGUUGGUUGCUGAAGCUGCUGCUAAGCCCAUCAUUGAGCAGGAGGCCCAGCAGGCAUCUGCCCAAGAAAUUCAGGAUCUAAAAAAUGCUCUUGGCCAAGCGGAGACUAAGGUCAAGGAGCUGGAUGGACAGGUUGAAAAUUUGCAGAAGCUGGCUAGCGAGCGUGAGUUGGAGGUGAAAAGCAUGCAGGAGCAGCUCUCCAAACUGCAGCCAGAGCUGAGCCGAAUGCGCCAGGACCUUCAGGAGAAGUCCACCCAGGAGGAGCAGCUCCGCCAGCAAAUGACAGAGAAAGAGGAGAAGACCAAGAAGGCAUUCAUGGGGGCAAAACAAAAGAUAAACCAGCUUAUUGGUGCCAAGGAGCAGCUGUCAAAAGAGAAUGAUGAGCUGAAGCAGCACAGGGAGGAGCAGGAGGUGCGAAUGAGUGCCCUGAAAUCCCAGUAUGAAGGUAGGAUCUGCCGUCUGGAGAGAGAGCUGCGUGAUCAGCAGGAGAGGCACCAUGAGCCAAGGGAUGAGCCCCCGGAAACUCCCAGCAAGGCUCAAGAACAGCAGAGACAAGCUGAGCAGAGGCAAAUCUCACUGAAAACCACACCUGCCUCAGUUGAUAGGGGGAGUGCUAGCUCUUCAGAGCCACCAACAGCCAACAUUAAGCCAACUCCUCUGGUUCCAACGCCUAGCAAAGCUGCUGCCAUUCCUGGUAACAAGCCCACUCCGAGAGCCAGCAUCCGUCCAAUGAUCACCCCACCAACCACCACUCCCACAGCCACUGUCAUGCCAACAACUCAGGUGGAGACCCAGGAAGCCAUGCAGUCUGAAAGCCCAGUGGAACAUGUCACUGUGUUUGGCAGUGCCAGCGGAUCAAUUCGAUCUACAAGCCCCAAUGUUCAGACUGCCCUUUCCCAGCCCAUUCAUACAGUGCAGCAGCAACAGAGUCAAGCCACAGCCUUUGUACAGCCCACCCAGCAGAGCCUGCCACAAAUCGAGCCAGCCAGUCAGGAGCCAGCCCCAGCCCCAGCCCCCUCCCCUGCCAUGGUGGAGGCAGUGCAGAGCACCCAAGUCGACAGGCCUUCCACCUCCACUGCUGUUUUUGGCACAGUUUCAGCUACACCCGGCUCUUUAUUGUCCAAGCGGCCUCGUGAAGAGGAAGACGAAAACACAACUGAUGUCACAGAGCCAGUGCAGGAGGAAACUGGUGAUCAACCUCUUCCAAAGAAGCUGCGAAUCAUUCAGAGAGUUGGCCCCGAGGAGGAAGUCGUAGCAGAGGAGAGCACUGAAAUUGAAAUAGAAACUCCAGCAGAAAGCCAGGAAUCCCAAGAACCUGGGCAGCUGGUUAUUGAAGUGUACCCUCCCCUAGAGGACAGUGAGGAGCUUGUACCUCAGUCGGUCCCUGUGGACAUGGUCCCACCCCUUCCAGAGCAACAGAACACCCAAGACUCUCAGGAGGAAAAGCAGCAUGAUGUCAUUGUGAUCGACACAGACAGCGACACAGAGGAGGAAGAGAAUGACGAGGAAGGAGAGCAGGAGUAUGAGGAGGACGAAGAUGAGGAGGAUGAAGAUGAUACUGGGAUGGGAGAUGAAGGGGAGGAGAGCAAUGAGGGAAGUGGGAGUGCAGAUGGGAACGAGGCUUAUGAAGGAGAUGACACCGAGCAGGGUGCUGAAGCAACAGACCCUGGCACAGAGAAUGAGGAGAGUCUAGGAGCAACCGAGAUGAGUCAAAGAAUGGCAGAUUCACAGGACAGUGGUGAAGGAAGCAGCAGUACCACAGAAUCCCCUUUCUCUAGCGAGCCACCCAGAGAGCCACUGCAGCCAGCUCCAAACAGCACCGACAGACCAUCCCCUCGGCACCCUCAGUCACCACGGAGACAUCCUCACCCGCUGCCACCCAGGCUGACCAUCCAGGCUCCGGCCCAGGAGCUAGGACCACCCCCACAGCGCAUUCCUAUCCGUCGCCAGUCUGUAGGCAGAGGGCUUCAGCUGACACCUGGGAUUGGUGGCAUGCAACACUUUUUCGAUGACGAUGAUAGAAUGGUACCUAGCACACCAACACUGGUCGUGCCUCAUCGCACGGAUGGCUUUGCUGAAGCUAUUCACUCUCCCCAGGUUGCUGGAGUUCCGAGAUUUAGGUUCGGUCCACUUGAUGACAUGCCCCAUGCGGGCUCUAGCCACUCGGACCUUGGGCAGCUGGCAUCACAAGGAGGUCUAGGAAUGUACGAAACUCCCCUGUUCCUUGCAGCACAUGAAGAGGAGUCUGGUGGACGGAGUGUUCCAACUACACCACUGCAGGUUGCUGCACCAGUUAAUGUCUUUGCUGAAGUCCACCCCUCUGACAUCUCAGAGCAUGCUUCUCAGUCGGUGCCGAUGGUCCCCACGUCAACGGGAAACCUGUCCACCACCAGCGAGGCUGGGCAAGGAGAUGAAGGAGACGAAGUGUUCAUGGAAGCAGAGCCUGAGAGGGCUAGUGCAGUUGAAGCUUUACUAGAAUUGGAGAACCAGUCUGAAGCAGAGGAGUCAGGUCAGCCAUCUGGUGAUGCAGAUCUCCCCUCCACAAGCCAGGAUCUACCCUCCAGCUCUUCAGCAGACACCAGCAGCAACCAGCCCAAACCUUUCAGGCUGGUGAAUCGGCAGCCUCAGUCUGGGAAAACAGAACCCCGGGGACGUCAAAUAACCCGCCAGAGAGGUGUAAGCCAUGCGGUGGGCAGUAGAGGCCGGUAUAAUAGAGGAAAUAUGAGUUAAGCACAUUGCUAAUGCUGCACUGCCUGUAGCUGUGAACUGCUAAUUAAACAUGCAAGCACUUGUUUUACUUUAUGGAAAACAGCUUCUAUAGUGCAAUGUUGUACUUCUUGCGUGUAUUGCUUUUUUGUUUGUUAAUAAAAGUUGAUGAUUUA